GCCAUUUUACUGCUCAUCAUAUUGGUGUGCGUCUGCAGUCAUUUGGCCCUGAUCAGGUAAUUGGUCAGUGUGCUCUAGGGCUAACACAGGAGGCUAACAUCGCAGUUGUAGAAGGCAACAAAUGGUGCCUCGUGUGAGGAGGCAGACUGUGUUUUGAUGCCCUUUGCGUGAAUACGAGAGCUGGGGUGACGACAGCCUGACUAGCCUGCAGCGGCGGGGAGCCCUGCAGAAGACUGACGUGACGGCAGUAUUGCACGCAAGUGUAGCCUGCGGCGCGGGAACCUGAGGUGACGGCAGGGCGCCUGCAGAAGACCGAGGUGACGGCAGUAUUGAUUUCAAGUGUUGCUUGCAGCGGCCGGGAGCCCUGCAGAAGACCGAGGUGACGGCGGUAUUGCGUGCAAGUGUAGCCUGUGGCGCGGAAAGCUGAGGUGAUGGCAGGGCGCCUGCAGAAAACCGAGGUGACGGCGGUAUUGAUUGCAAGUGUAGCUUGCAGUGGCGGGGAGCCCUGCAGAAGACCGAGGUGACGGUGGUAUUGCGUGCAAGUGGAGCCUGCGGCGCAGAAACCUGAGGUGAUGGCAGGGCGCCUUCAGAAGACCGAGGUGAUGGCGGUAUUGAUUACAAACCCGAUGUGACGGCGGGGAACUGACUAUGGAACAUGUUCUUAAGGUAUUGCUUCAGUUUUGUAAGGAUUACUUUGGCAAGAAUACGCCUUCUAAGAAGGAUAUCCACGCAGUUAUUUCCUGGUUAGAGUGGGAGGGGGAGGUUAAAGCCCCCCAAGAGAUUCUUGAUCACCAGAUGUGGGAUGAUCUCACCUCUGCGCUUGCGCAACAUAUUAUGAGCGCUCAGGAGGGCGGGUCCGAGUUAAAAACUUGGGGUCUGAUACUAGGGGCGUUGAAAGCGGCCAGAGUGGAAGGAAAGGUAUUGGUGGAGGCUCGAUACCUUUUUGGUCUUGGCGGUGGAGGCGAGACACCAGACCCGGUCGGGUCUGAUGGGGGCUCGGGAGCAGUUUCUUGCAGGGGCCAAGAGGAGACGGAGCUGCCAAUGACCGUUGGCGAGAUGGCGCCGGCUGAGCCGACCAUGCUCAGUUCAAAAGAAGACAAACAACAAGAGAGUGGAUGUUCGUUGUCUCAUUCCCCGCCCCCGUAUCCGGACCCCUCAGGCGGAACGUUGUAUCCUUUAUCUGAAUCGGGUCAGUGUCCCCUGACUCAAGGGGGGUGGAGGGAGGUGUGAUCUACAUGAGCAGGAUCAACUUACUGCCCACAAGGGGAGGGACCAGACAAAAGGUCCAUCCAAUGCGGACAGGGGGCGUAGCCUACCGUCUCUGGUCACUCCCAGGGGCGGUGGUGUGAGUGAUAGUGUAGAGGAGGAAGAAGGGGCUGGCUUUGAGUGGAGGGGGAGGGAUCAAAUGACGGACUGGAAUCGGAUUAGAUCGGAGUCUGAAGGGAAGGGUAUAGUUCCAGAGGCAUUCCCAGUGAUUGUGAGUGAUCGUGGUCCCGAAUGGGUGCCGCCUGACCCCGGGGGUGUUACGCGCCUGGUGGAAUUUAUGGAUAAAAGAGGCCUGAAAUUGCCCCUGACGUUAAAUGCACUACAGGCUUUGACUGCACUGGUGCCUCUCCUCCCCCACGAUAUCACAAACUCAGUGCGUGUGGUGCUCAGGCCGGUCCAAUAUACGUUAUGGGAGAUGGACUGGAUGGCCGAAUUGAGGGGGCUUGCUGGGGCGGUGAGGGUCGGCCCGGGCUGCUUCCUGUGUGGAACCUGCAUCCAGCGGCUUUCAGGGAAGGCCGUGGGAGUGGCUUCGCCCCAGGGCCAGUUAGCAAAACUAAGGCCAGGGGAGCUAAUAGCAGCCACAGAUGCAAUGGUGGAAGCAUUUAAUAAACUCGCGCAUAAGGCUGAACCACCUGCUCAGUGCACAGAUAUUACCCAGGGCUCGAAUGAAUCUUUUCAAAGCUUUGCAGACAGGCUUUUAGCUGCUGUAGAGGGGUCUGAUCUUCCGAAACCGGCCCAAGGGCCAGUGAUCAUCGACUGUCUACGACAGAAAUCGCAUGACAAUGUUAAGGCAUUGCUGUGAGCCGCCCAAGUACGCUUAAUACCCUGGGAGAAAUUAUUCAGUAUGUCUUAGAUAAGCUCAAAGUGGCUCUUUUAACUAAUGAAGGACUUGCCGCAGCUAUAGUCGCAGCUGUUGGCCCACAACAGCAAAGAUCGCUGCAGCAGCAGAGGCCGUGUUUCCGAUGUGGCCAAUAUGGCCACGUUAGAGCACAAUGCCCCUCUGGGAAAGGCCAGUCAGGGCCUCCUGAUUGCAGGAAGGGCUUGCUAAAGAGUAUCCGUUGUCAGGUAUGCGGCAGUUAAACAUCAUGAAUCUGGAAAAAUUCUGUGGGUACCAUCGUGAAAAGUAAUACCAGAUAUAAGCAACAUAUCUACUAAAACUGAGUCUAGGUGUGAGUUUUUCUACAGAAAUUCUUCAUUGGCAAACCGAAGCCAACUCCAGAUCAACCGAGGGAUGGACGACGGGAUCAAGAACCACUCAUCAAGAGGAGCACCACACCUGCAACGCUGACACUUCCAAUGUUGCUGAUGUUUAUGGUGUCCCUGGUGAUCACAGCGUGUCACAAACAACUACAGUGGACACAAGAACAUAUGCAGAAUAUUAACGAAGAGCGUGAUCCCUUGGGGAGCUGGCUGGAUGGACUGUUUGGGGGAAUGGGUUCAUGGUUAAAGCAAUUGCUUAAGGUUUUUGCGAUAGGGCUUGCAAUCUUUGCAUGUAUUCUGAUCUGUCUUCCAUGCUUUGUAGGAUGCUUGCAGAACUUCUUGCAACGAAUGAUGGAAAAGAUUUUUGACCAUCGGAUUGAGUAUCAUAGACUGCGUGAAAGGUUGUAGAAGGGUUUAGGUUGUUGCGUUCGUGCUGUAACGGGGCAAGGCUUGGCCAAGCACGGGAAAGGACUCCCUGUUGCUCUGAUGUUUGCUUAAAGGAAUGCAGUAGAAGGGUAGUAGAAAUAGUUUGCUGAAAUGUAUUUAAGAUUAGGCGCUUUGCGUUGCUUUGCGAUGUGCGGGUUAGGCACGCGUGAGAGACAUUUAGCUGAGGGAGGGGGAGAUGUUGUAGUAGGCGCUUGACAGGGAUACGUGCUGUACGGGAUAGGCCUCUCCCUAAGCACAGUGAAAGAGUGCUGUAGUGCUCAGACAGACUGUCCUUGCUAACAAAGUAAACAAGAUAAGAAGGCAAAGGAAUGAGGAGACAAUAGGAGCCAAAUAAGGAAUUGUGGUAAGGGGCUAAGAUCCAGUACGGACGAAUCAGGACAGGGCACGAUAGCUCAAGUAAGGUAUAUAAGCUGUGUGUAUUAGUGAACAAAAGCCAUUUUACUGCUCAUCAUAUUGGUGUGCGUCUGCAGUCAUUUGGCCCUGAUCAGGUAAUUGGUCAGUGUGCUCUAGGGCUAACACAGGAGGCUAACAUCGCAGUUGUAGAAGGCAACAAAGGUCUUGUAUAUAUGUGCAGCAUUUCAGUUUGGUGCUAUAUCUUAUAUAUGUAUGUUUCUGUUCUACCACUCUGAUCUACAUAAACACAGCUAGCAUUUACUAUUGCAGAAACUCCUCCUUGUGCAGUUGAAAACAUAUCUAAAGUCAUUCUAUUUUGCAGUGCCAUCCUGGCUAAGCUGUGGACUUCUUUAAGGGUAAUAAUAGCAUCUAAUGUUUCAUUUCCAAGGUGUUCCAUAACUACUGAGAUGUUUACUGUAGCCUUUUCCAAUUCUGCAACUCCUGAAGAGGGAAUUAACCACCUGUCGAAUGAGUGAAAACUACCAGGUCUUUCUAUUAGUGGAUUGAGCACUUCUCUUGUGACUUUUGAGGGUACUUGGGCCUGUAUUAUCCCAGUUAACUUAUCUGUUACUAUCGCCUUUGGCAUUAGUAUUCCUAGGUUACUGGUUUCGAUCCACCAUGGGGGUAAUAUCUUCCAAGUUUGAUUUACACAUAGCCAGUACCAUCCUUUCCCUUUAGCUUACACCCAAUAUUCAUCCCUGUUUUUUUUUCCAAAAUACUAAUUUGUCAUUUGUACUGUCCAUUUACAGUGCGGGUAUUUUCCUACAGGAGCCUUCCCUAAUUGUUUAGUCCCUAUGUCUGUCAGACAAAUGGUAUCAUUCAUAGGCUAGGUCCCUACAGUCCGUGUUUGUGAUUCUAUAUAUUUAUCUGAAAAGUACUCUACAGAUUUGUUAACAAAUACAGUACCCUAACUCUGUUUUGGUAGUGGUAAUCCCCAUAAUGGGUACAGACUUGCCUCAUAUUUUGGCAAUUAUGAGCAUAUCCAACAAAAACCAGAAUUUCUGGCAUCAGCCACCUUUUUCAUCAAGUUCAUGUGCUUAUUUUGAUCCCAUGCAUUCAACUGAUAAGCAUAAGUAAGUAUUGAUAAAAUUAUUGUUACCAUUUUAGACAAACAGAAUAUAUAUCCUUUAAGUACUGCAAAAGAGGUUUUUUGUUUUUUUUUUCCAAACAAUUAAUAAAAGCAAACAAUUAAUGCAGUUAAUAUAAGGCAAACAAUCACUAUAUACUCUAAAGGUAACUAUAUCAGUAACUACAUAAAAGUUCAUAAUAUGAUUUUUUGUUUCCCUGUUUACUGGUUGCAUUCAUUUAUGUGAAAAUUACAGUUUCAUCAGUGCAGUCUGUUCUACUUGCCACUGUGGGCUGGGCGCUUUUUGUUCUUGUGUAAUGAAUUCAAGAAUCUACUCCUACCACCUCAA